CUGUAGAAUGAUCGCGUUCUUAGUAUUGUUUGUUUAUUGUGCGUCAUUCACUUUUGUGAGUACAGUUUCCCCCAUAUGCGGCUCAAACGAGGUAAACGUAGAAUGUCGGCAGAUAUGUCCACCGCAAUCUUGUAAUAUCUCUUACACGGAGUAUGCCUGCGACCCUCCUCCAGCCUGCGAGCCUGGUUGCAACUGUAUAGACAACUAUCUAAGAGAUGGAAAUGGUAUUUGCAUUAAGAACGAUGAUUGUCCACCACCACCACCGCCAUGUGGGGAGAAUGAAAUACAAUCGGAUUGUAAACAGGUCUGUCCACCGCAAACCUGCGACUUUGAUCCUAAGAAAUUAGCUUGCAAACCUGGCCCCUGUCAGCCGGGCUGCAAUUGUAUAGAUGGUUAUCUGAGAAAUUCUGAUGGUUUUUGUGUCUCAAAAGAUUCGUGUCCUAAAGCUCUUCCUGAUUGUGGUGAAAAUGCGACACCUUCUGUGUGCACUAAGCAAUGUCCUCCGCAAACAUGUGAAUCUUUGUUAAUUGUAACUAAGAAACCAUGUAUACCCGGCCCAUGUCGUCGAGGAUGCAAUUGUAAAGAUGGAUAUCUCAAGAAUUCCGAUGGCGAAUGCAUCUUGAAAGAACUAUGUCCAAAAAGUCAGGAUGAUACGUCGGUCAAUGAACAGCAGUCUGAUUGCAAAUCUGUAGGAGGCUCCUAUUCAUCCAGUAGUUCUUAUACUUCAGUUACCAAUUCUCAUAGCUCAUCAAAUACUACGGGUACAUACGUUGACAACACCAGUCCUAAAAACGAAAGCACCAAUAAAUGUCAACAGAAUGAAACAUACGUGUUUUGCAACGCUGGAUGUCCGUCGAAUUACUGUCCAUCCGAUGAUAGAAGGGGGAUAAUAGCAUGCAGCCCGCCUCAGCCUUGUCCACCCGGCUGCGCCUGUCAAGCUAAUUAUAAGAGAGUGAGCGUAGAGGAUAAUAGGUGCAUUUUGGCCUCGGAAUGUCCUCCAGUGAAUUGCACGAGGUCGAAUGAAGUAUGGUACCCGUGUCCACCCCCUUGCUUCUCGGACAGCUGCCGUGAUAUUGGUGUACAGAGGGAGUGCUAUCGCUCGGGCUGCCAACCCCAAUGUGCCUGUGAUGAGGGGUACUAUAGAAAUGACAGCGGUGACUGCGUUUUACAAGAGAACUGUCCGAAGUAUGUUCCAACUGCUUAGAGCUAUAAUAUAGUCGCGUCUUCAAAGAAGAGUAUCACACAUAUAUCACUACAUAGUAUAAAACAAAGUCGCUUUCUCUGUCCCUAUGUCCC